AUGUCUGCAAUGGCGUUUGUCUGCUUUGUGUUGGCUUUAGCCAAUUCACAAACAUGUGAAGGACUCGACAACGGUUUUUACUGUAUCGAUGACACAUCUUAUCUCUGGUGCUACGGACACACACAAGGACAGAUCACAAAGUGCUCUUCUGGGUUGGUGUGCAAGUGUGGGAAGACAGCUUACACCCCAUGUGUAUGGAGUUGGACAGAUCUGCCAGACUGCUCACUAAAACCUGGCGAUUAUUUCGAUAAGUCGUCUGAGGAACCACUCCCAGAGUCUUCAGAACCACCAGAACCAGAAGAUUCAUCAGAAGUGAAACCAGAGCCACCAGCAGAGUCUUCGUCGGAGGAAAAGCCAAAACCCGAAGAGUCUUCUGAACAACCCAAACCAGAGGAGUCUUCUGAAGAGAAGCCAAAACCAGAGGAAAGCUCAGAGGAGGAAAGUGGGCCAAAGAAGGUUGUCUCGUAUUACACCAACUGGGCACAGUACAGACAAAACUCGAUUGAUGGGUGGGCCUGUAAGUACACACCAGACAAUAUUGAUCCCACACUUGUUGACGUGAUCAACUACGCAUUUGUUGUUUUUGACUCAUCUUACACCGUGAAGGAAUACGAAUGGAAUGAUGACCAAAUGAUUCCAAAGAUUGUUGCGAUGAAAUCUAAAAACCCAAAUCUGCAAGUUUUGGCUUCAAUCGGAGGGUGGAAUUUCAACUUCUACGACUCGACAAAACACUUGUUCAGUGAGAUGGCAGAGAAGCAGACUUCACGAGCGGCUUUUAUAAAGAGUGCAAUGAGCUUUGCGCGUAAGUACAAUCUCGACGGAAUUGACAUAGACUGGGAAUACCCUGCAAACAAAGACCAAGGUGGAAGACCUGUUGAUGUGCAGUCAUUUACUUUGCUACUCAAGGAGUUUAGGGAGGCGAUUGAUGCAGAGAAAUUGAGUGGGGGUAGAAGCAGAUUGCUGUUGACAAUUGCAGCACCGGCUGGUCCAAAGAAUAUCGAAAAUUUGGAAAUAUCGAAAUUCCACAAAUACCUCGACUGGAUCAAUUUGAUGACGUACGAUCUGCAUGGUUCUUGGGACGAUGUCACUGGUUCACAUACUGCACUUUACGCAGAUGACGCUUUGAGCGUUGAUGAUGCUGUUAAAGCAUAUUUGUCUCAGGGAGUUCCACCAGCGAAGAUGUUUGUUGGAAUGGCGCACUAUGGAAGAGGGUGGACUUUGAAAUCAGCCAACAAACACGAUAUGGGCUCACCAGCGUCAGGAGCGAGCACAUCUGGAAAAUGCACAGGCGAGAAUGGCUACUUAUCAAAAUACGAAAUCGACUCACUUAUUCCAGCUGCAAAUAUCCAGUACGAUGCCAAAUCAAUGACUAUGUUUGGGUACAGUGGAGAUCAGUGGUUCUCAUUCGAUGAUAAAGACACUUUUGAACACAAAGUACAGUACGUGUGUGAUCACAAGCUUGGAGGUGCUAUGAUUUGGAGUUUGGACUUGGACAAGAAUUAUGUAAAUACGAAAUUCAUCAAAAAAGAGCUUGAUCAGUGCUAA